AUGGAGAAGACGGUAGGCAUAGUUGGAGCCGGGGCGAGCGGACUGGCGGCCUGCAAGAGCGUAAAGGAGAAGGGCUUCCGCCCCGUCGUCUUCGAGGCCGGCGCCGUGGUCGGGGGAGUUUGGACGCGCACCUUCGCGUCGACGAAGCUCCAGACGCCCCGGGAUUGGUACCGUUUCUCCGACUUCCCUUGGUCGGAGGAGGUGACGGAGAUCUUCCCGAGCCACGGGCGGGUCGUUGACUAUCUCCAGGCUUACGCCGAACACUUCGAUCUCCUCCGCCACAUCAAGUUCAACUCAAAGGUUCUCGGGAUCGACUACGCCGGCGUCUCGGGAGGAGAUGCCCUCAUGGGAGCUUUGGGCCGGUACGGGCGAGGCCUUCGGUGGUGGCUCCGCCGGGAAAUGGCGAAUCUCCAUGCUACACGCCUCCGGUGA